GUGGUGCGAAAAGGAAGUAUCUCACCACCCUGUCGGUUUGCACACAACACUCAUCAACACUCAUCGGAGAUGGCUUGGGUAUUCUCACUUAUGAUGGAACUUAUCCGCCUUCCGCGAUUAUGUUUGUUUUCUUCUUCACUUGUUUGUCAGGGUGACUCUAUAGAUUCACAGUUUUUCGCCCGCAAUUUUUAUGUCAUCUUCUUCACUGGACUGAUAAAUAUCGCUUCUGCCUGUCUCACCUCAUCAGAGGUAAUAGGUAGCAACGUCGAGAAAGACCACCUGGCGACUUACGCGACGAACCAGGCAACAUUAUUCGAAAAGGUGCACUCAGAGGGGCUUACAGUCGAAUCAAACCUUUGAAAAUAUGACAUCCACCAACAGCCAAAACAACAUCGAGGCAGAUAAAGAGCGAAAGAGAGGAAAGAAAAACAAAAUGCCUCUCUCCCGCUCCGCAUCCGGCUUAGACGCCAUCCUCAACCGUCGAGACGACGACGACGACGACGACGACGGAGUAGCAACCCAUCUCCUUCUCUCCAGC